CGCAAAGUUGGAAGAAGGAAGCUUCUGAGCAGCUUGAUCCGCUAUACCUGCCAGCAUGCCCAAGCAGACCGUAUCCAAGAACAGAUCAAGAGAGGCCCGUGUCUCGAAACGUGAAGCGGAAGUGAAGGAGCUGGAGGCGCUCGAAGCCGCAGUCGCUGCGUUCGAUAUCAAGAGCAAUGUGGAGCACUUUACCGACCUGCCGCUCUCUCAGCAGACACAAAAAGGAUUAAAGGCAUCACAUUUCACAACGUUGACAGAUAUCCAGAAACGUGCGGUUCCACAUGCGUUGGUGGGCAAGGACAUUUUGGGUGCGGCAAGAACAGGAUCUGGAAAGACGUUGGCAUUCAUUAUUCCCGUACUCGAGAUUCUGUACAGAAAGAAGUGGACACAAUACGAUGGAUUGGGUGCGCUGAUUAUCUCCCCGACUCGUGAACUCGCUAUUCAGAUUUUCGAGGUCUUGCGUCAGGUUGGUCGUGCGCACUCCUUCUCUGCAGGUCUCGUCAUCGGUGGAAAGGACUUGCAAAGUGAGCGGGAUAGGUUGGACAGGAUGAACAUCUUGGUCUGUACUCCGGGACGUAUGUUGCAGCACAUGGACCAGACGGCUGGGUUUGAGGUGGGAAGCUUGCAGGUUCUGGUGUUGGAUGAGGCGGAUCGUAUUUUGGAUAUGGGUUUCCAGAGCACCGUUGAUGCAAUUGUCGAUAACUUGCCGCCUCAACGACAGACGCUCUUGUUCUCGGCUACUCAGACGAAGAAGAUUUCGGAUCUUGCACGAUUGUCGCUUCAGAAUCCUGAGUACGUUGCCGUUCACGACAAAUCGGAUUCAGCAACCCCAAAGAGUCUUGUACAGCACUACAUCGUUACGCCACUACCAGACAAACUUGACACCCUCUACGGAUUCAUGAAGACACAUCUCAAGACUAAGGCUCUCGUCUUCCUGAGUUCUUGUAAGCAGGUGCGACACGCAUUCGAGACAUUCUGUAAGCUCCACCCCGGUGUACCCAUCAUGCACCUCCACGGAAAACAGAAGCAAACAGCACGAGCAGAGGUUACGGCAAGAUUCGCGGCAGCAAAGUGUGCUUACCUGAUCGCUACUGAUGUUGUGGCGCGUGGUUUGGAUUUCCCGGCUGUGGAUUGGGUUGUGCAGGUCGAUGCUCCUGAAGAUGCGGACACGUACAUUCACCGCGUUGGACGCACAGCGAGAUACAACCGGGAAGGAAGAGCGCUGUUGAUGCUUUGCCCGAGUGAGGAGAAGGGUAUGGUUGCGACUUUGGAGGCGAAGAAGGUCCCGAUUGAGAAAAUUACGAUUAAGGCAAGCAAGAAGCAGACGAUCAAGGAUCAGUUGCAAGCGCUUUGUUUCAAGGAUGUGGAGAUCAAGUAUCUUGCGCAGAAGGCUUUCGUGUCGUACAUGAGAUCCGUGUAUUUGCAGAGGGACAAGGAGACUUUCAAGAUCGAGGAGUUGCCGGUUGAGGAUUACGCAUCAAGUUUGGGAUUGCCUGGAGCACCCAAGAUCAAGUUCGGUAACGCAGCUCGCGCGAAGGCGUUGAAGAACGCACCUGCCAAACUCGUUGAGACGGAUGAGGAAAGUGAUGCGGAGGACAAGAAGAAGGACGAGAAGAAGGUCAAGACGAAGUACGACAGAAUGUUCGAGAGGCGGAACCAGGACGUGUUGGCGGAUCACAGAAGCAAGUUGGUGGAGCACACCAUGGAUGCCGAUUCGGACGAUGAUUUCGUCACGCUGAAGCGUACGGAUCACGCGUUGGAUGAGGAGACACCGGUCGUGGAGGAGCUCGUGCCGAAGAAGGCUGCGGACCCGCUCCUCAAGCCUGACAGUAAGAAGAAGGCUGCUGAGGCGUUGUCGAAGAAGGCUAUGCUCAAGUACCGUGGUAACGGUGAGAAGUUGAUUUUUGAUGAUGAAGGUAACGCGCACAAGCUGUACGAGUUGGAGGAUGAGGAGUCUUUUAAGCAGAAGGGCGACGUCACCGAGCAACAGAAGAAGUUCGUGGAGGAGGAGAGAAAGAGGGUUGAGGAGGCGGAUGUCGAGGAUAAGGCUCAGGCGAAGGAGAAGAAGCGCGAGAAGCGCAGACGACAACUCGAUCGUGAACGUGAAGCGGACGACGACUCCGACAACGAAGUCGGAGUCGAGUUGGCGCCAUACUCGGACAACGACCAGCCACUUGAGGAGGAAGAGGAGGAGACACACCAGCCUCAACCCAAGGGCGGAGAGAAGAGGAAGAAGAAGUGGUUUGAGGAUGAGAGUGAAGACGAGGAGGAGAGGAGCGCGAAGAAGAGAUUACGAAGCUUUGGCGCAGCAGUUGUUGGCGUGAGAAGGGAGAUAGAUUGGACUUGUUCUCGACGUCGUCGCAUUGUUCAUCUUGGCGUUCUGUUUUUGGGUUUAGCAUACCGAAAUAUGAUUUCAUUUUCAGUUUCCGGUCUUGUCGUUUUUGCACUUUCUGAAAGACGUGAAGGUGUCCCCUUCUUCGGUUCUCACGCUCGCUGGCCUGCUGCGUGCCAGGACAGCUCUGAUCGUCGCGUUUACGUAGCAGCCCCCUAUAGCUACACUGAUCACCUAACAUACCAAUUGCAACCAUGCGUACAUCUACUUUCUUCUCGUUCUUCCUUCUUCUCUUCUCUCUACUUCCAAUACUCACCUCUUCAUCACCUCCCUUUCCAUCCCUCUCAGGUACUCGCAGCAUACAUUCCCUCUUGCACCGCUACUAACCCCCUUCGCCCAGCAGACGAUGCCCUCCUGCUCUCCCUAACACUACCCUCCCCAAAUCCGUCUUCGCACAGCAACCGCAAUCCUCUUUCCGAAGCCCUAUCCUCCCUGACCGCACUCUCCCGCGCCCGUCAACCAUCAUGUUUCCGUACCGCCGUGUUAGAGGUAGUCGAGUUUUGUCAAAGAAGCGAGAUGGAGGAAGUAGAUGAUGCGGACAGAGUUCGGUUUGCAGCUGGGUUGACGAUGUGUGAGUUUGAGGCUGCUGGUGUCGAGGGACCGGUUGAAUGCUCCUACACUCGGAGAGAAACACGAACAAUAUGCUCCCUGGCACGUCGUUCCAUCGAGAAAGACCGGAUCCUUGACCUCCACGCCAACCUUACCGUCAUUCAGUCUCAGGUUCUCGAAGUAUUGAGAAGGGAGGCUCAGGUUGCGAAUUCCCAUGCUGCCGCGCAGGAAGAGGUGUUGAACAGGUGGAGAGUGUUUUUGGAGGGAUUUGGGAGGGAGGCGGAGGACGUGAAAGAGGAAUUACGUGAGGUCGGAAUGGUCGCGAGGGAAGAAAUGGAGAAUUUACACACUUCGGCAGAGGACGUACUCGGGAAACUGGAGGUCAUGAAAGAGGGUGUGGAGAAUGGUGGGCUGGAGGUCGAACGAGCUUUUGCUGGCGUGAGAGGAGCUGCUGAGGCUUAUCAUGAGUCCUCGUUGGAAAUGUGGAAGGAUGUGGAUGAUGCAGCACUCGAAGUCCAGCAAAGACAAACGCGACAUAUGUCGGACACUCUUGCACUUUCGGAGAACCUGCGCAAAGUCCUGCUCGAUAUCCUCACCCAUCCAGUCUCCGACUUGUCGAAUGAACUGGAGAUGUUAGUGAAGAGUCUACUCAACGCCCGCUCCACAUUCGAUGAAGUCUCGAAUACUAUGACGGUCUCCUCCAGGCAUGCAAUUUCUGUCCUCGCCGGGCUGAAUGUACUCGACUCGCUACCAACGAGCAUCCUCUCCUCGCUCGACGCCCAUCAAGACCAGCUCUCGACAAUCCUUGCCUCAGCAUCUGCACGCUUAGACAACGCCGUCGAUGAAACAAGCACGAAGCUGCAUGUAGCUGGCGAAGUCCUUGAACGAUUGGAGGACGUCGUGGAAAAGAUCGAGGAAAGGGCUGAGAACUGGGGCUUUGGUUGGAGUUCCUGGCAACCGGGUUGGUGGGGUUUAUUGGUCUUUCUGGGGCUGUUUGGGAUGAAGCUUCUUAGUGUGUCUUCGGGUGGGUUUUCCGUCGCGUUGCCUGUGACGAUCUUAGCCGGGGUCAUGGUAGCUUCAGGUGGAUGGAGUGCACUACCUACAAUCCCUUCCGGCGCUAUUUGGACAUUUGCUGUCUUGAGCUGUCUGAUUCUUGGCAGUGUUGCUUACAUCACGGUCAUCCACCGACGAAGACUAGGACAGGCAGACGGAACGUCAGGAGAAGGUUAUGAGAUGUACUUGCUCUAUACAGGAGAUAUUCGCUUACGAUCUGUCAACACGGCGCACCCGCAAACUAUCGACCCCGCCGCUGACCCAUCCUUGGUCCACGGUGUCGACACCCACUCUGCCAUCCCCUCCACCUCCGACCCAUCCGAAGUUCUCAUCGCGCGCUUCACCUCCUACACAAAACUCAUCAAAUCCCUCUCCUCCUACUUCUCCCACGCCGAAUCCCUCCAAAAACACCAAAGCAAAGAAUACGAAAAACUCGCAAAACACAUCGAAGUUCCCUCCUCCCAAGGCGGCCAAUUCAUCGAGGGAUCGACUGGACAGGGCUUGGGUGGGAUUUUUGCGAAUUUGCAGCAUGCGGCUGUGUCGCAGAGUGCUGCGCACGCGGAUUUGAGUAAGAGUAUUUCGGCGAGUAUUUUGCAUACGUUGGAGAGGUUGGAGCAUGAUGUCAAAGCGAAGAUUAAGGAUUUGAAGGGGGAUGGGAGUAAGGGGUUUAAGAGCGUUACCAAGGCGCGGAACGAGACAGAAAAACAUAUCGAGCUUCUCGGAAAACAUACCGCGACCUUCGGGACCUCCUCAAAGGGUGACGUGAAAUCCGAUCCCUACCUUGUGCACAGGGGUGUUCAACACUUGUUGGCCAAACAGACCGAGGAGGAAAACGCGCAGAUGUCGGCGAUGAUACAAUUACAGAAUGAGUGUGCGCAGUUGGAGAGGAGGAUUACGCAAGUUGUGCAGGAGGUUGUGGGGAGUUAUGCCACGUACGCCAUCCACGCACAACAAACCACCACCAAAAUCUUGACGGACGUGAGUCAAAAAGCAAACGUCGUCCCUGCCGACGCAGAAUGGAACGCAUUUGCGGCACGGGAGAGGAGUUUGGUCGAUCCCCGCGCCCCAGCUCGCGACUGGAAAGCCCUGACCUUCCCGAAUAUGGGACACGAGACGACGAAACCCCUCGCAGCGGGCUACCUCCAACGCAAAGGCAAACUAAUCAAAUCCUACAAUGACCCAGCAUACUACAUCCUCUCUCCCUCUCUCUUCCUUCACGAAUUCAAAUCCGACAAUCCCCACACUGACCCGGACCCUGUCAUGUCACUCUACGUCCCCGAAUGCACGGUGGGCGGGUACAGAGACUCGGAAGGCAAAUUCGUGGUAGGGGGGAAGGAGAAGAAGAUGUUGAGUCGGGGGCAUGAGUAUAAGUUUAAGGCGGCGAAUCCGGGGGAGGGGGAGAAGUGGUGGACGGCACUUGCACAAGCGAGUGGAGGGAAGGGAGUGGGAGGGAUGACGCCGGCGAGUACGUUUGGGAGUGAGAGUGAGCCGACGAGUCCGGUGACGAGGGGGAGUUAUGAGGGUAUGAACGCGGGGCAGCAGGGGACUGGGUAUGGUACGGGUGUGGAGGGGGUGCAGCAGGGUGUUCAGAACAUGAAUAUGGGACAAACGCAGGGAGCGACGUACGCGUAUGGGAGUGAGCCGAACCCGUAUGCGCCGCAGUCUGCCACGACGAAGUAUGGGGGUGAUGAUUUGCGUUAA